UUUUUAGACUUUAAAAGAUUUUUAUUACACAUAAUUUUUGACUACAAAAUGUUCUCAAAUUCAUCUACUGGUCCAAUGCCUCAUCUCACUGCAAUGCCUUCAGGAGUACUUCGUAUUCAGCCAUACAAAUCAGUUAACCCAUUUGAUGACGAUUUUGAGGAAAAUGACAAUAAUAAUGGAAAAUCUAUUUAUGAAGAACAAUUUCAACAACAACAAAGGCUGAUGGAACAAAAUGAGGCUAAACUUGCCGAAUUACAAUUAAGGAAAGAAAUGGCUAAAGAAGAUGCUGAAGCAACUCAAAAAUUGGAACAGGAUAUUAAUGACUUAAACCAAAUAAUGGAAGACUUGAGUAAAUUAGUACAUGAGCAACAUGAGGUUGUUGACAGUAUUGAGGACCAUGUAGAGAGAACGGCCCAGGAAGUUAAACUCGCAGAGCGUCAUUUACGUCGAGCUGUUGAGACUCAAAGUGCCAAAUAUCCAGCUGUCGCGGCUGCUGUUGGAGGUGUUGCACUUGGUGGACCUGUUGGUGUUGUGGCUGGUUCGACAAUUGCGGGUAUUGCUGCGGCUGUUGGUGGGGCUUUUGCAGGUCUCUAUGGUGGUAAAUUUCUUCGAAAAAAGCAUCAACAGCAACAUCAAAAUGUGGAUGCUCCUCCUGUUGGAAAUAGCUCAAAUAUUGAUUGA